UCGCACAGGCGCGGGGCGGGCGGUGCCUACAGUCGCCCAUGCCCCCUUUUGCCCUCCGCUCGCUGCGGGGGAAGAAGCGUGAACUUGAACGCUGCCUCCCUUCAGAGCGCAGUGAGUCCAGGCGGAGGCCAGCAGCUCUACCAGUCUGUCCCCGCAGCACGCUCGGGUUUCACUCAGCUCACCGGAGAAGAAGACGGAUUUGUUUGUUGUUUUGGACGCUUCGCUGUUUGGAGACCCGGAGAGACCGAGACUCGGUGCCAAACGCUCGACGCGAUGUCCAGGCGCAAACUUGGAAGCAGACCGCAGCACCUGAGUGCAAUUCAAGAUGUCACUGACAUGGCGGAUGGCGUGGCUCCAUCAGACGACCAGCCUCCUCGCCCUCCUCCUCCACAGCUCGCAGCUCCUGCCGAGGGUCGUGACCUCCUGACCUGCGGCCAGUGCCGCCGGGCCUUCCCGCUCGCCCACAUCCUGGCCUUCAUCCAGCACAAACAGGGCGGCUGCCGCUCACGGAACCAAGCGGCCAACGACAGCGCCACGCCCCCCUCACCUGCAAACCGAGCGCAGCAGCAGCAGCAGCACGCCGCCAACGGCGAGCCGGGGCCGGGCUUCAUUGAGCUGAGGCGGGGGGCCAAGGCCUGGGGGGAGGAGCCCGGCGUCAAGGUGAAGGCGGAGCACAGCAAAGCAGUGUCUGAGGAGCCGUCCUACUUCACCUGCCAGCAGUGUGAAGGCGUGUUUCCAUCAGCGUGGGCGCUCCUACAGCACGCUCAGCACACACACUCCUUCAGCCUCUACCAGGAGGACGAGGAGGAGGACACCGACAUCAGAGGAGGACGAAGAGGAGGACUCAAGCCUGCAGCAGCCACUCUGGACCCUCGCCACCUGAGCCAGGCUCUGGCCUCGGCCUUCCAGCCCUCCGCCCUGCGCCUCAGCCGCUCCCGCCAGACUCACGCCACCUCCUCCUCCACUAACAUGCAGGCACUGAACUUCUCAGUGCGUCUCAGGGAGCUCGCCGAGGGCAACAACACCACCAGCGGCAGCUCCCCCGGAGGCCUGCUGCUGUCUCCCUCCUCCUCUCCACCGGCAGCUUCUCCCUUUCCUCAGACCAGCGCCCUGCAGGCCGACUUCCUCUGCGAGCUGUGCAACCAGAGCUUCCAGUCCCUGGGCGCCCUGUCCACCCACCGCCGGACUCACUCCUGCGACCGGCCCUAUCACUGCGGCGUGUGCGGCCAUGCCUUCGCCCAGAGCGGCCAGCUGGCGCGGCACAUAAGGAGCCAUCACAGGGAGGCCGGAGGCGGAGGAGGUGGAUACGAGGCGGUGGAGCUGGUGGUGAUGGAGGAGGACGUAGGGAGGCAGGGGAUGAGAGGGAGGUUCCAGAUGCAGCCAGCUGGAGUCGGCGUGGUGAAGGGGAUGGUUGGUGCAGAGGUGAGGGCCCCGGGCCCCUCUGAGCUAGACCUGACCCUGCCCAAGUACCCGUCCUUAGCUUCAGGCCUGAUGCUGCUGACCUCACAGGUUAGACCUGCAGACAGGGAGCUGCUGAGGCUGUACCAGCGCCAGAGAGAAGGAGCAGAGGAGGCGGAGGGGCAGGGAGAACCUCCUCACACCUCCCCCUGCGCCAGCCCGUCUGAAGGCUCGCUGGAGAGCGGGGAGACGGGCGGCAGCGGCGAGAGCGGCAUCGCCAGCGGAAACUGCACGCCCAAACGUCCAGAGAUGGGCGACAGAGUGCGAGGAGCCGGAGAGUGGGAGAACGAAAGAGGAGAGAUCAUAGAGAGGGAGACGGACUGGAGCUCAGAUAAAGUCAGCGAGGUGGUGCAGGAGUGGCAGAGGGAGAACGAGCGGAGGAGCGUGGGAGGAUCUGUGAUCGGAGCAGGAAACAACAACAACAAUAAUACCACCGCCGGUUCAGGAGGAAAGAAGAAGAAAGAUGAAGCCUGUGAGUUCUGUGGUAAACAGUUCAGAAACAGCAGCAACCUGACCGUGCACCGCCGCAGCCACACAGGCGAGCGGCCCUACCGCUGCGGCCUCUGCAACUACGCCUGCGCACAGAGCUCCAAGCUGACGCGCCACAUGAAGACGCAUGGCGCGCAGGGAGCCAAGGCGUCCUUCCUGUGCCAGCUGUGCUCGGUGCCCUUCACCGUUUACGCCACUCUGGAGAAACAUCUGAAGAAAGUUCACGGGCUGAGCCACGCCAGCGUGGGCGCGUACGCUCAGGCCAGCGCCGCCGACACUCUGGCUGCCAUGAAAGCUGAAGAAGAAGCGGUGGUGGUGAAAAUGGAGGAGGAUGAAGCCAGUUUGGAUCAGACAGAAAUGCAGAGCAAAAUACAGAGUGAUGUGGUGAAAAACAUGGAGGUGGAGGAGGAGCAGGUGGAGUAUGUGUGGAGUCCAGAUACGCCGCUUCAUUUCCCACUUGACAGCAAAGCAGAGGUGAGCAUAGCUUUGACUUCUGCACCAUGAGAGCUUCUCUCAUCCACUAAUGGACAUUAAAACAGCACUGUAUAGGAUUUAAGUUGCCCCUCCAAAAUAAAAGAAUCCACCCCAUCACUGAAGAAGUAGAACUGGAAGCGAGUUUAAAGGAGAAGCUGCAGCAGGCCCUUCCUCUCUGCCAGCGCGGUGGCACGCGGCUGCAGCCACGCUGUUCAUGACUGUAUGCAAAAGCUGCUGGUUGAAACUUAAGUGCCUACGGUUCUUUAUCGACCACAGAGCAAAAACAAGGCCAUGACAUUCAGUGGGGAGAUUACCAGAGCUCUUGAACAGGAAGUGAACCGCCACAGUCCAUGCAGACACAGGAAACUGAUCACCAUGUUGCAGUGCAGGAUGCAAAAGUCGACUGAUUUAUGUCUGUGGCGACCCACUGGACAGGUGGAGUCAGAUAAUAUAGAGAAGGGAUUAUAUUGAAUUUAAAAAAAGCCUAGCAAUAGAACAAUGUUAAUAUAUUUUCAGCAGACAGAGAGAGGUCAUAUUGUUUCCUAGCUGUUGCUGGUUUUCUUUUGAGAAGACCUUUUAAAGACUAAAGAUGUUAGAACAGACGCGAGGGUGAAAUGAAUCCAAACACUGUCUGCCUGCAGAUUCUCAGACUCUUCUUUUUAAAGGCGCUUGCUUGUCACAACACUUGUCACUUAACGUAAUGUUUACAGGGCUCACGGAGUCUGGCGAGGUUGUGCUCCUGACUUUGUGACAGUAUGUAUGGAUGAUUUUCUGUUUUUCUAAUUUUAUAAAUGUGAAUAAGGAGACUUUAAAGUCUCAUCUACUGAUGCUUUUGGUUCCAAUAUUCGUUUCUAUGCAUAAAAAAACUGCAAUUUUACCUACAUGUGAAACGGGUGUGUAUUAUUUUUCUCUAUUUGUACCUAUUAUUAUUGUUGUGAUGGUAAUUUCUCUCUUUCAUUGUUUACAUUUGUAAAGUGCCGGACUGCUUGAAGCUCGUGCAUGUUUUGCAGCCAUUGGAAACUGUUUUUUGUUGCCUGUGUUUGAAUUAUUCCUAAUUUAUGGAUGCUGCAUGUUGGUGAUUGUGUAACUGCUAAACUACAGGGUGGAGAGGUGCAGGAGUAGCUAGUCGACUGGUGGAGCUUCCUGGGAAGCACUUGGGUCAGUUUGUGUGAAUGUAUUUGUUUGUUUGUUUGUUUGUCCAUAUUAGGGGGUAAAUGCCUCAGGUGACUGUUCCACUUGAACCCUCUGUCCUGUGAUCUUGUGUGCAGAGCGUGACUCAGCACGUCAUAAUCACUGUGACCUGCUUCUGACAGGUGUGUCACUGACCAUAUAAGAGAGAAAAGUUAAAGGGACUCUCCAAAAUAAAAAAAAAUCAUAUUUUUUCUCUUAGCUGUAGUGCUGUCUAUCAAUCUAGAUUAUUUUGUUGCGUUUGUUCACUGUCCUUUUAUAAUGAAACUAGAUGACACGAAGCUUGUGGUGCUCAAAGUGAGAAAAAAACAGUCUCUUUCCAGGAAGCAUGACCCGGUUAUUAAAGAUAAUCCACACACCUUGUUUAGGGCCAAUCCAUGUAGGAACUUUUUUCUUUCUAGUGUACAAGAAACUGUCUGUAGACAACAUGUUCUUACAACUGAGUUUGAAUGAUAUUUUGCAAAAAAUAUGACUUUUAAAGAUACAAGAUGCAUGACCACUGUUUUCAACAAGUUGUGACAGAACUAAAUUAUUAGAUUUAGGCAACAAAACCUAGUGGUUGAGGUUUAAGGGAAGAAAAAAAAAAAGAUUCUGGUUAAAAUAAGUAGUUCUGUAUGUAACUAGUGGACAUGGUUGCUUAAGUGUUGUAUUCACACUAAAAAUAAGAAGCUGACUUAGUUUCAAACAGCUCAUGUACAGCAGUUUCCUGAGUCAGAGCCCCAUCACCACACCUCCAACCCCCCAGAUAGAGUUUGAUCAGGACUUAAACCAUUACAUCACCUCACUUUACUGCCAGUCUGUUCCAUACCACGAUUUUACCAAUUAAAAUGUUCUUAUUUCAGUUAGUCUGACUUUGAAUAGUUCAAGCUCAGCAACUUCUGCUGGAUUUGCUUUAUUGAAUCCGAUCAACCGAAAAUAAAUGACUUUCCUACCAAUUACAACAAUUAAAUAAUGCAUAUUUUUGUUGUGGAUUAUCUUGCCCAACAGGGUCAUGAUUUCUGGAAAGAGACAUUGCUGUUGAGUUUUUCAAAUGUUGUUUUUUGCGCUUUCAGCAACACAAGCCAAGUUACACUAGUUAAAUUAUGUUUGAGAGAAGACAGACGAUCUAGAUUGAUCAACAAAACUACCCAUAAGAGUAAAAAUAUUAAUUUGAGUGGAAGUAAAUUUGUUCUUUUAACAAAAAAACAGGACAAAGUUGUCAGGUCGACCUCUCUGUGACUACUGUGAUGACGCUGUGUGACCAUAUCUGAUCUCCACUUGCAUUCAUGUCAGGGAAAACCACUUCUAAUGUGUGUUGUGUAACGAAUGAUCAUGAAUGAGUGCAGUGUAACUGUUCAGGGAUAAUAUUUUGUACAUAGAUGUUGACAUUCUUGCUGUUGCUCUACUUAUUAUUGUUAUUGUUAUUAUUAUUAAUAUUAACUGCCUCCACUUUUCCUAGCAUUGUCUCCUUUCCGCUGAACACUGGCUGUUGUGAAGCUCCGCUGUCUUUGUAAACUUGACACCAUUUUGUAAUUCACCUUCUCACGAGGAGCCUCAAUAAACAAUUGAGGUGAAA